AUGGGCAAGUCAGUGAAAGAACUGAAUGAAGAGGUUGCUUCGCAAUCAGAUAAGGUAGAUGAUGAUAGUGGCUGUAGUCACGACAAUUAUUCUGAAGAAGAGAUGUCAGAUGAAUCGGACUUGUAUAAUGAUGACGGAUAUAAUGGUUACGAUGGAUAUAAUGAAUAUGGUGAACAUGAUAGAGUGAUGAACUUUCCCCAGCGCCAAGCCGAAAGAAGUUCUGGGGCGGGCUGUGAACUCAACCCACGUGUUGCAGAAGAUCUUAUUAAUUUGGCAAGAAUUUACCGUUUAUUUCUAAGAUUUGAUUUUGGUUAUCUGCAAAAUGCACAAAUGGGACAAGAAUGGAAAUUGCACCUUUUAAUCUACCGAUUUACAGAUCUAGAUCCUAUAAAAUGUAAGGGGGAUGCCUCUGGCCACAUUCUAUAUAAUAAAACAAAUUUCCAUUUACGGUCAUUAGUAGAUUUGUAUGGAGCACGAAUAGGGGCCACCUUUUUUUUUCUCAUUAAUUCGAAAAAAGAAAUACUAGCGGGUUUGUCAGUGUUAUUCAUGGAGAUCACCACCAUAUGGUCAAAUAUCAAACAGAAAGUCUCUGAUGAACUCUAUGCACGUGCCAUCGAAAUUGUCAAUUAUCUUGAUACACCGGAAAUAGAAAAGACCUUUACUGAAUUUGACGAUAAGCUCACCGCAAAAGUUGACAUAAGUAUUUCCAAUUUUAAAUCCAUAUUCAUUGCGGAAAUCAGUAAAAUUUAUGCUGAAAUCGAUGACUCUUCAACUAAUUCGUCUCCAAGCUCUUCUUCUGGAAGUUCCAAUUUAUCUGGAAUUUUUGAUAUUACUGGAGACAUUAAAAUUCGCUUUAAACAACACUUUGAUCGACUUAUGAAGGCGAGGAAUUAUACUUUUGAUGAGAUGUAUUACUCGGUAGCGGUAGAUAUUCGUAGUCUUGGAGGGAGUAUUAAAAUCUCAACAGUGAAAAAUUUUUAUAGUGGUGUUGGUCGCAGUACAGGCGUCACGGGUCUGGAACCAGAAGAAAGUGGUCUUGAUAUAGAGGGUGUUGUUAUACGCGAUCUAUUAGGAGAUCGAGGAAUUCUUGAUGGUUGUCUUCUACUCGGCGUGUUAGGUGAUGAUGAUGGCAUUACUGUAUUGGGAUGCUGUUGUGCUCCUAGAAAUAAAUAA